AUUGAUGAGUCAGCAACAGCGCGUCCCGAGCCCGACACCGGAGGGGGGUGUUUCUGGCUCUGGUCCCAGCUGCUGCGAGGAACUCCAGACCCCUCAGGGCCAUGUGAGGUGCCGCUGGUCUAUUUGUGCGGCAGACACCUGAAUGGUUUGCCACGGUGGGAGGCGUGUCGGUCACAUGUCACAUCACCACUCCGGAGUGUUCCGCGCUGGUCACUGGAGACUGAGAGGCUGAACUUGAAGAGUCGCUGUUUCCCUGGGGGUCCGGAACUAACUGACCUGCUCUCGUCUGCCCUGUGAUGUUUCUGACCACGUUAAAAGAUAUCGGGCGCCAGCUUCUGCGAGUCAAGGUCGUCGACUGCAACGCCGACGAUUCCCGCCUCUCUCGAUGCCUCAACACCUUCGACCUGGUUGCGCUCGGCGUCGGAAGCACUCUGGGUGCCGGCGUCUAUGUGCUGGCCGGCGCUGUUGCCAGGGAAGAUUCCGGGCCAGCGAUCGUCCUGUCUUUCCUCAUCGCCGCCUUCGCUUCAGUGCUAGCUGGGCUCUGCUACGCUGAGUUUGGCGCCCGAGUCCCUAAAACAGGAUCCGCCUACCUCUAUAGUUACGUAACGGUGGGGGAGCUCUGGGCCUUCAUCACCGGCUGGAACCUCAUCCUGUCCUACAUCAUCGGGACCUCCAGUGUGGCCAGAGCUUGGAGCGCCACCUUUGAUGAGGUGAUCGGACGACAGAUUGAAGCGUUUUGCCGUCAGCACAUGUCCAUGAACGCCCCGGGUGUCCUGGCUGAGUACCCAGACAUCUUCGCAGUUUUCAUCAUCAUCCUCCUGACAGGACUGUUGGCCUUCGGGGUGAAGGAGUCCGCCCUGGUCACUAAAGUGUUCACCUGCAUCAACGUCCUGGUGCUGCUGUCCGUCAUGGUCUCCGGCUUCAUCAAAGGAGACCUGAAGAACUGGAACCUGAACCCAGAUGAGGUCCUGAACGCCACCUGGAACUCCACUCUCAACUUCACUGAGACGCUGGUGUCCCAGGAAAGUUUGGGGAAGGGUGGAUUCCUGCCGUUCGGCUGGACUGGAGUUCUCUCUGGUGCCGCCACUUGUUUCUACGCCUUCAUUGGGUUCGACUGCAUCGCGACGACAGGUGAGGAGGUGAAGAACCCACAGAGAGCCAUCCCUGUUGGGAUCGUGGCGUCGCUCCUCAUCUGCUUUGUGGCGUAUUUUGGCGUGUCGGCCGCCCUCACGGUCAUGAUGCCGUACUACAUGCUGGACAAAAGCAGCCCUCUGCCUGUGGCCUUCAAGUACGUGGGCUGGGAUGGCGUCACGUACGGGGUCGCCUUCGGAUCCUUGUGUGCCCUCUCCACCAGCCUUCUGGGGACCAUGCUGCCGACGCCCAGAAUCAUCUGGGCCAUGGCAGUCGACGGGCUGCUCUUCAAGUGUCUGGCUAAAGUCCACUCACGCACCAAAACCCCUCUAACUGCAACAGUAAUAUCUGGUGUUGUGGCAGCUGUCAUGGCCUUCCUGUUUGACCUGAAGGACCUGGUGGACCUCAUGUCCAUCGGGACUCUGCUGGCCUACACGCUGGUGGCUGCAUGUGUGCUCAUCCUCAGGUACCAGCCGGCGCAGCCCAGCCAGGCCUACCAGAUGGCCAACACUCAGGAGGAAGCCGAGGCCCUGGACCGCGCGGACAUCCUGCCACACGCGGACCAUCACUUCACAGUGAGCAACCUGCUCUCCCCUGCCAACACGGAGCCGACGCCUCUGUCCGGGUUCACUGUCAAUAUUUGCACCAGCCUGCUGGGCGUGCUGAUGUGCUGCUUCAGUGUGGUGGCGGUCCAGGGGGGCCUGCGUACCUGGUCCCUCGCUGUCCUUGGGGUGGUCAUGGCGAUCUGCAUGGUCACCACUUUGGUGGUGUGGAGACAGCCGCAGUGCAAAGCCAAACUGGCCUUCAAGGUUCCCUUGCUGCCGUUCAUCCCUCUCGUCAGCAUGUUCAUCAACAUCUACCUGAUGAUGCAGCUGGACCGAGGAACUUGGAUGCGCUUCGCCAUCUGGAUGGCUCUCGGCUUCUUGAUCUACUUUGGCUACGGCAUCCGUAACAGCGCGGAGGCGGCGAUGAGCCGACCCAGCUCGCCGGCCUGCACCAUCAGAGGCGAGCCCAUGGCCGCAGACAAGCAGGCCUUCAUCCACAUCCCCAAAUCCAGCAGGGAGGAGGACGAGAUCUGAAGACGCCGCAGGUUCCACUGCCUGCCUUCUACGCUGGCUCCAUGGUGGUUUAGUCAUGAUGUCAUCAUAAAAACAUCUUAGCUAAAGAGUGCAUCAAAAACAGCUUGAGGUCGAUUUUCCAAAUCAGAAAACCAUCCCCUUGAAGCAGCAAACAUCGCACUCUCGUGACAUCUGCCUCAUGAAAGUCAACGUUUAGAGCAGUUUGAGCUUGACCUCGUCCUAUCAGGGGUCACCAGAGCAAGACCUCCACCUGAUACAGUGAUGAGGGCAGCUGGUCAUAAUCUUAUUGCUGCUGUUUCAGGGUUGAGUCUUGAGCGUUUGUUUUCACUGAGGGACUAAAAUCUUUGUAAAUAAUGUACAGGCAGAUCCUUCAACAAAACAUGUCAUUUCUAUCCAGCCAAAGCCGACUUGGAUUUCUAUGGAUUGAUGCCCCAGUUCAGUCUGAACUACACAACCAAAUGUUGAAAUAAAUUGGACUUAAAUCACCUGCUGCGGUGAUAUAAAUGUGUACAUAUAUAAGUAUUAAAAAUUGCAGUAUUUUAAAUGUUAUUUCUAGUUUUCUGUAAAUAUUAUUCACUCUGUAUUUUUGAGUCAAUUUUGCUGUUUUACUUGAAUGUGCUUGAACACACUGAUGAAAACAACAGUCGAAUACCACGCCACCAGGUUUAUUUUAGAAGAAAAUGUGCUUAUUUAGCUCCAGUGUGUUUAGGAUUUUGUUUCUGCAGUGCUUCGUUUGUAUCUCUGUUGUUCACUAAUUGUAAAUAAACCCUUGUAUAAGCUUU